AUGGCGACAGAUCGGCGGCAGACAGCAGGUGACUCGGGAGGCGAUUGGAGGCGGCGUGGAGGCGCGGUGACUAUCGAGAGCAAGCAUGAAGUCACAAUCCUAGGAGGACUCAACGAAUUUGUAGUGAAGUUCUAUGGACCACAAGGAACACCGUACGAAGGUGGCGUGUGGAAAGUUAGAGUGGACCUUCCCGACAAAUACCCCUUCAAAUCACCAUCUAUAGGAUUCAUGAAUAAAAUUUUCCAUCCUAACAUUGACGAAGCGUCAGGAACAGUAUGUCUAGAUGUAAUUAACCAGACUUGGACAGCCCUCUAUGAUCUCACCAAUAUAUUUGAGUCGUUCCUGCCCCAGUUGCUGGCCUAUCCCAACCCCAUAGACCCCCUUAAUGGUGACGCGGCAGCCAUGUACCUUCACCGACCAGAAGAAUACAAACAGAAAAUUAAAGAAUACAUUCAGAAAUAUGCAACAGAGGAAGCGCUCAAAGAGCAGGAAGAAGGUACCGGGGACAGCUCUUCGGAGAGCUCCAUGUCUGACUUUUCAGAAGACGAGGCCCAGGAUAUGGAAUUGUAGUAAAUGAGGUGCCCUGCUUUUCAGAGAGACUUAUGACUUCCUUAACCGUGCGCUGAGAAGCAGACAGUAAUAUUCAUAUUUAAACAAAAAGCAAUUUUUUAUUACUAAACAAGGUUUUUAUGAAUAAUAGCAUUGAGAUAUAUAUACAUAUAUAUAUAUCACCCCUUUAGAUCUUGAUUUCUUGGUCAUUUCUCCGAAAUCCGAAAAGUGCAUCGUAGCGCAUCUCCCACAUUCCACUUCGGUAGCUGUAACACAGCCCAGACGCAUGCGCGCACCGCCUCCCGCUCUCACAGUUUUCCAUUUCGAGCGUAAAUCAACUCGUGGGCGACUGAAACUCGUCAGCCUAAACAACUGCUUUGCUAGGGAAGGUCUCGGUUGUUCCCCAUUGCCUUUAAAAAAAAUAUGUUAAAAUUAAUGGUUCCAAAGACGGCAAACACCCCCUGGAUGCAGAAAUGGAAACGGCACUUUCGGAACGGAGAGGAGAAAUCGGGGAAGACGUAUUCUAGGGAGAUGAGGCAGUGAAAUCGGAAAGAUGCUCGCUCAGGUCAGCGUGGCCUGCUUUCGUACCUUGAACGGAGUUGCGUUUUUCAAAGCAAACACGCCCAACCCACCCGAAAGCCCAAAGUCCGUCGGAGAAUCAUUUUUACAAACCGGCUUGGAUUUUCAGUACUUUUUUUUCUGCAUGGACUUUCUGUCUGCCUCGGAGGCCUGUCGCGAUGAGUUCUGGUUUGCUUGGGGAACCUUUAAAUACCUGCCUCGAGACCAUAAAGUCACCUCGUUGGUCUGGAUGUGGAUAGUUUUCUUUCUUUUCUUUCCUUUUUCUUUUUUUGAAGGGGCACCAAGCAACUGCUAUCCAAAGGUUGGCUCAGUUUGUCCGGAGGUACAUCAUGUCCAACCCGUUUUGAUCCCAAGUUUUGAAAAUGCCAACAGUUUAAAAAAAAAGAAAAGCCGUCCCCGUCCCCCAUUCCCCGCCCUCUGAUGUCUUUGCUUUGCGGGCCGUCCCAGAAGAGAUCGGAGCCCACGGCCAGUUCAGUCGGCCCCUUGGGCCACCGAUCACGACUCCCAUCGGCGCAUGCCUUCUUCAGCAGGUCACUAGCGCCCUUCCUGCGAGGCGGUACGGCAGACCAGACCAGACAAUCGAAGAGAAUCCGAUUGGGAUGGGAGGGGGACAGAGGCGGCGUUUGUGCCGAUAGGAAAUUACUGACGUGCGCUGACGUGAAAGAUGCUUCCGAUUGGGGGGGAAAGGUUUUUAUUCUGGUGUAUUUUGAACACAUGAAGGUCCUUCUCUCUCUCUCUUCUUUCUCCCCCCCCCCCCCGCCCUUUAAUGAUAAGAGUGCCUCUUAUCAAAAAAAAUUGCCUACCUGAGAUGUUUGAUGAUACUUGAAAUAUGGCAAAGAGUAACCCGGCAAAAGACGCUGGAUUUCCAGUCUGGAUUGUUGCUUGUGUUCUUUUGAGAAAUGUUUUUGGACAGGAUGUGUUUGAAGGGGUGGGAGGAGGCGGGAGUUUUGGGGUGUGCAGCCUUUGGGGACGGGGCAUACGGGAUUUGACUGGGCAUUGACUUGAUCAGAACACUGAAUGUUAAGCCACGCUCGAGAACGCUGCCGUCUAACGCCCUUCUGUUUUCCUCUCCGAGUGGCAGCGGGGUGUGGUCGGGGGAGGAAGGAGACCACAAAUCCGAAAGCAUAAUCAGUUCGCUUCCCCCCCCCCCUUCCUUUUUGGAAACAUCUUUGUGUAAAGUAGACUUUUCCUUUUGGCAUGAUUAUUUUCCUUUAAUAAAGCAAAAAGCAUACCGAGCAUUGGAAUGUUACAGGCAUGAAGCAGGAAAAAAAAAACCCCAACAACAACAACCACCAAAAAGUGAAGGUCUUUUUCUUUCUAAUUAAAAAGCAUCAACAAUUGGGCUUGUGGUUAAUCGCCGAGCAGAACCUCUCUGCUCGAGCCAGCGUGGCUUGUCGGAGAGUUGAGCAUUAGCUGUGGAACACGUAAGGGUGUGCCAUGGCUUUGAUCUGAGCCAGCUGUGUGACUGGGCCGGGUGGGGUGGGUGAGAACUGGGCUCCCGCUGUGGGUCCCCGUGUGUGCCCUGCUUUGGGGGAUGAAUUGAGGGUGCUCUUUUGGUCUAGACUUUUAAGUGCUGGGCCGGCAGGGGUGACAGUGAUACCGAUUUACACAAAAUAAAUUGUAUUUUUUCCCCCAGUAUUGUACAUAAAAAAUAUUAGCAUUCUAAUUCCUUUUCCUUCAUUCAGGUUACUUAAAAAAAAAAUAAUCAGUCCCGACCUGUGAUCGGACAUCACUGUCUCUUGACACAGCUGUUUUGUGUGUCCCCCUCCCCUUCCCACACACACACAAUUUUGGAUUUAAGCUUGCAAAAUAAAUUCCCGGCGGACACACAGUCUGCAAUAGAUUCCCCCAAAGAUGCACUAUUGACUCAUCUUCUUCCCUCCCCCCAUCCCCAUGCUAUAAAGGCCCAGUCUAUCGCUUUUCCGCUGAGUUGUUGAUUUAACUGCUCAGGUGAAGCAACGGCAGGCCUUGGCCUGGCCCAGCAGCAACAGCAUCUCCCAUCCGCUGGAGCUUGAGUUUCGCACUUGGGCCCCAGCAGCUUAGCUGGCUGCAAAAGAUUCCCCUGUCUUGUACCGACCUUCAGAACAGUUCCAGCAGGCCCAGGGAGCUUAGUCUCGGAGCCACUUUUGUGAGCAUAGAACCACGUGUCUCUUUCCCGUGGGUUGGUGCGCCACGGAUCCGAUCUCGGAGCAGUCUUUGCUCUGACCGCGUCUCCCCCAUCCCCCCAAAUGCCCCCCCCAGCCUUGCUAAGUUUUCCUCGCUCACACAUUUGCCGCACUCCCAACUUACAGGCGGAACGAGAAAACCCCACUCUGGUUAAGUACCCAACCAAACCUGGCGGUUCUGAAACUCCAAUUUUAAUUUUGAAGCUGCCUCCCGUUAAGUUGACCAUCGGACGCCCAAAGUCAUCCCCUCCCCCCGGUGGUCUCCGACUCUGCCAUUCCCACCCAGGCCACGGCCGCGGAGUUGUGUCUUCGCCCUUUGCUGUGUUCCACUCACUCUGUCAGUAAGAAUUGUGAUCUCCCUCCUGUUUUUUUUUUUGUUU